AUGGAUACUCAGCAGCAGCAGCAACAAUCCGCCAUUCAAGGGGCGAAAGUGCUAAUGGUUGGAGCAGGUGGGAUUGGAUGCGAGUUGCUCAAGACUCUUGCUCUCUCUGGUUUCCAAGACAUUCAUAUCAUUGACAUGGACACUAUUGAAGUCAGUAACCUCAAUAGGCAAUUUCUAUUCCGUCGUUCUCAUGUUGGCCAGUCCAAGGCUAAGGUUGCCAGGGAUGCAGUCUUGAGAUUUAGGCCUCGGAUUAAUAUAAGUUCAUACCAUGCAAAUGUCAAGAACCCCGAGUUCGAUGUUGAUUUUUUCAAGCAAUUUGAUGUUGUUCUGAAUGGUCUUGAUAACUUGGACGCUAGGCGGCAUGUCAAUCGCCUCUGUCUUGCAGCUGAUGUUCCUCUUGUAGAAAGCGGCACAACUGGCUUCCUAGGACAGGUAACUGUGCACGUGAAGGGAAAGACAGAAUGCUAUGAGUGCCAAACCAAACCUGCUCCAAAGACAUAUCCUGUGUGUACAAUAACCAGCACUCCAACUAAGUUUGUGCACUGUAUCGUGUGGGCAAAAGACCUGCUCUUUGCGAAGUUGUUUGGCGACAAGAAUCAAGAUAAUGAUCUUAAUGUGCGUGCCAACAACGCUGCUAGCUCAUCCAAAGAGACAGAAGAUGUAUUCGAACGUGCAGAAGAUGAAGACAUUGAUCAGUACGGUAGAAAAAUAUAUGAUCAUGUGUUUGGUUAUAACAUUGAAGCGGCGUUGUCCAAUGAGGAGACAUGGAAAAACCGUAGACGACCUAGGCCCAUAUACAGUAAAGAUGUCUUGCCUGAAAGUCUGACUCAACAAAAUGGGAGCAUUCAGAAUUGUUCUACUACUGAUGAUGAUGAUUCAACGGUCUCUGCCAUGCCGUUGCUUGGCCUGAAGAAUCCACAGGAACUGUGGGGUCUAACACAGAAUUCUCUAGUGUUCAUAGAAGCAUUGAAGUUGUUCUUCGCCAAGAGAAAGAAGGAAAUAGGACACCUUACUUUUGACAAAGAUGAUCAGUUAGCCGUAGAAUUCGUCACUGCUGCUGCAAAUAUCCGCGCUGAGUCUUUUGGAAUUCCUUUGCACAGUCUUUUUGAAGCCAAAGGCAUCGCUGGGAACAUUGUUCAUGCCGUUGCUACGACUAACGCCAUUGUUGCUGGUUUGAUUGUUAUUGAAGCAAUCAAAGUACUGAAAAAGGAUGCAGACAAGUACAGAAUGACAUACUGCUUAGAACACCCAAGCAGAAAGAUGCUUCUUAUGCCAGUCGAGCCAUUUGAGCCUAAUCCUGCUUGCUAUGUCUGUUCCAAGACCCCUUUAGUACUUGAGAUCAAUACUCAGAAAUCGAAACUACAGGAUCUAGUUGAUAAAAUUGUCACAGCCAAGCUUGGAAUGAACCUGCCACUGAUUAUGCAUGGGGCAUCACUUCUUUACGAAGUUGGUGAUGAUCUUGAUGAUAUCAUGGUUGCAAACUACAAUGCUAAUCUUGAAAAGGUUCGGUCUCUUUGCUCUUCAGACACAGGCUUGGAUUUGGCAGUUUCUCACAUGUUCGUUUUUUCUCAGUUUUUAUCAGAACUCCCUUCUCCUGUUACCAAUGGAAGCAUUCUCACAGUGGAAGAUCUUCAACAAGAGCUAUCUUGCAAGAUUAAUGUCAAGCACAGGGAAGAAUUUGACGAGGAAAAAGAACCUGAAGGAAUGGUUCUCUCCGGAUGGACACAAUCUCCAGCCACCAACGGCGAGAGCGCAUCAACAUCAAACAAUGAGAACGCUGUUGAUGUCACAGAGAGUUCCUCAGGACUUGAGAAUGCUUCAAAGAAGAGAAGACUCGCUGAGAAUCAGGCAGAGAAUGAUAAGAAAGAAACAGAGAACGUUGAGAGCGAUGAUGACCUCAUGGAGAUUGAAAAUCCUGUGAUGGUGAGCAAGAAGAAGAAAAGAGUUGAAUAG